AUGACUGUGUCGAAGACUACGGCUGUGUCGGGCACCACGGCUGUCUUGCAGGCUACGGCUGUGUCGGCGUCUACAGUUGUGUCGGGUACAACGGGUGUAUUGAGAAACGUGGAUGCGGAAGCCGAGAAAAAGCAGAUGCAGCAAGGCACAAGCACUUAUGGCCACGGAAACUUCCAGCGGCGCAUCUUCUCCUACGGCAUCGUGGCCCUUAUGGUACUGCAGUGUCACAACCACGUCUUCAAGUUCAUUUCUCCGCACGUGGAUCAUUGGUGCAAGCCGACCAAGCUCUACGCGAACCUGUCCGUGCCUCUCUGGACGAGCAUCGCGAUUCCCGUCGACGAAGCCGAGCGAUACAGCGCGUGCCUCGACUACGCGCACCCCGGGCACGUCGACGACACCACGGUGGUUCACUGCGAUCCGUGGGAUUACGAUGACAAGUCCAAACAGCAGUCCGCGCGCAGUCUCUGGAGCCUCGUGUGCCACAGGACCUGGCUGCUGACUCUAGCGGAUGCGGUAUACAUGAGUGGCACACUAUUCGUAGUGCCCAUGACCGGUUACGCCGCAGACACAACAGGUCGCCAGCCGGUGAUCAUGGGAGCCGUGCUGGGGCUUACCUUGAGCUCCGUCGCAGGCUGCUUCACGCAUUCGUUUGUGUUCUACCUGGUCACCAGGUUUGUCAGCUCGGCGUGUGCCAGCACUGCUCACCUUUUGACUAUGAUCCUGCUGUUCGAGAUCAUACCACACGAGUUACUCACGUUCUACAUCGGCUUCGUCUGCUCCCUGGGCGCCCUCAUGGCGUAUACAUUCUUCCUGCUGCUGACACUGCAAAAAUAUAUCAGCUGGCGCUUAAUGCAGGUGAUCGUUGUGGCCCCCACGAUGAUCUUGCUGUCGGCUGCCUCGGUUGUCUAUGAGUCACCUAUAUGGCUGAUUUGUACGGGUCACAUGAAGGAGUCGAUGUCUUGUUCAAAGCAGCCAGGAUCAACGGCGCGCGGCGCACCGAAGCAGAAUUGGCUGUUGAAGCCAUAA